CUUGUGUUUCUUGAUCUCUUUGCGAGAUCGAGCAUAAGUAAGCCGAAGAAGAAGAACAGAAAAGAGGUACUACAUAUUCGGUGGGAAUCGACGAAUGAAUUUACUAGGACUACUGUCAAAUAGAAGCUCGCAACGGAGGCCCCGAAGUAAACUGGAGCUAUGCGACUGAUCCUUGUCAUCUUGAUUUUCUUCUUGGGAUCGGUACUCUCGAGGUACUAUGAAAAAAAACGCUUUGACCGCUCUAUCUACGAUGAUUUUGAAAUACCAGAGUUUGGCAAAUAUUUAAUAAGAAAGCAAUGGACAUUUACCGAUCACGAAACGCAUUUUAGAGCAUAUAAAGAUAGAAAAAAAAAUAAUUGCUACAUAGAGAAAUUAGAAGACAAUGCCACUACAAAAAAACAUUCAGAAAUUGAAAUUGUACAACAAAAGCAAACAUCAAAAAUUCUUUGUACACCAAAUGAAUUGACAAAAUUUGAGGCAUGGCAAAUUGCAGGAGGUAGAAUUGUUGAUUUCUGUAAUGGACGGAAAAUUAUUUUACUACAAAAAACUAUUCCAAUAAUCGACCAAACGACAGAUCCUUUUUUCAAUAUUCUUCCUUUCGACGAAAAUGCUAUUGUCACAAGAAGAGUAGCUGAUAUACUUCUAACACCAUUAAUAAGUCGAGCUAAGAGACAAAUCGCGCUUGAAGAAAGGCAAAAACUUAAUAAAAACUUUAAACAAGAUCGUUUGCGUCGUCAAGUACAACUAUCUCCAGGAAAAUUUCAAGGACAAACACAGUCUCAAUAUUUAAGUAUUGGUAAUAGUGAACAAAAAGAAGGCAAAGCCGAAGCUGAAGCUACUCAACAAUCUUCUCGUGCAGUUGUUACUGGAACCUAUGGUAUGGGACAAGCACAAAGUAUGUCACUGGGUAGUACCGGAUGUGAAGAUUGUUCAAAAUAUACUGGUGAAAAUGUUCCAGAUAAAUACAUUCAAUUACCAGCAGUUAAACAACCAAGUGAUACUAUUAGAUAUCCUGGUGUGAUUACUUCUGGAAUAGAUACAACUUAUCCUAGCAGAAUACCUGCUAGCACAGCUCGAGAUAUGUCUAAUCUGGGUACUGUACCUAGUAUUACUGGUGGUAAAAUUCCUGGAAGUAUAUUUGAUACCACAACUGAUGGUAGAGUACAUCCAGUAAUACAUCCUGGUGGUAUACCUAGUAUUGGAACUGGUGGAACUGCAUCUUAUUCUGCAGGUAUACCAGGUACUAAGACAAGUAUAGCUUAUCCUGCAGUUAUACCUGGAAGUACACUUGGAGGUGCAAGAGGUGAUGAUAUAGCUUACCCUGGAGAUAUACCUAGUACUAGAACAAGUGGUGAUGCAAUUUACCCUGGAGGUGUACCUGCUGUGACUAGUAGUGGUACAGUUUACCCUGGAAGUGGUACUACAACUGGUGCAGUUACUAAUGGUGCAAUUUACCCUGAAAGAAUAUCAGGUGGUGGUAUAACUUACCCUGGAAGUAUACCUGGUACAACAACAGGUGGUGUAUCUUACCCUACAGGUGUAUCUGGUACUACAAUUGGUAGUGGUACACCUCUUUAUCCUGGAAGCAUACCUGGUGCUACAACUGGUAGUGUAGUUUACCCUGCAGGUGUACCUAGUAUUGCAACUGGUACAGUUUACCCUGAAAGUGUACCUGGUAUUACAACAGCUGGUGGUGUAGCUUAUCCUGGAAGUAUACAUAGAAUUACAACAACUGGUAGUGUAGCUUACCCUGGAAGUGUACCUAGUACUAUAACGGAUGGUGGUGUAGCUUAUCCUGCAGGUGUAUCUGGUAUUGCAACUGGUAGUGGUACAGUUUACACUGGAAGUGUUCCUGGAACUAUAAUUGGUAGUGGUGUAGCGUACCCAGGACAUGUACCUAUAACUGGUGGUGGUAUAGUUUACCCUGCAGGCACUGUAACUAAUGGUGCAAGUCAACCAAAAAGUGUACCUGGUACUACAACUGGUGAUAGUGUUAGUUAUCCUCCAGGGUUACCUGGAGGUGCUGUAGUUUAUCCUAGUAGAGUUGGUAUUGUACCAGAUACAAGAGAAUUUGUUUCUGAUAAAAUUAUAACAAAUUCAAAAGCAAUUGUAGAUGCUAAAGUGUAUGCCAAUGGGCAAAUUCCUACACAAUUUUUUGGUGAGAGAACUUAUCCUACUAGCACAAGUGAUAUAUAUCAUAAUAUUGGUACACCAGGAACUUUUCCCAUAGAUAAUACAGGUGUUUAUUACGGUGGUAUUUCACCACCAGCAAAUCAAUUAAGGGAAACUAUACAUUAUCCAAAAAAAAUAAUACCAAAUAAAGAAACUGAUAGAGUUAUUAUACCUGGACCAUCUAUCAGAGUUCCAACUGGUGAUAUUACUAGAAGCAAUCUUGAUGGCACAAGAGACGUUUUUCAAGGAAGUACAUUGCAAGGACAAUAUCCUGACACUUCAAGAUGGCAAGAAAAAGGGACUUCAGAUCUUACAGGACAAAUAAUUGGACAAUACCCAACACAAGCUAAACAAUAUCCUGGUAUACACUAUCCAUCCAAUAUAGGAGCUACAUCAAAUAUUGGAGAAGGUCCUCAAUAUUAUCAACAAUCAGGAAGCCUUUUGCCUACAGAAAGUGAUAACUCUAAUUCUCAAGCAUCUAGUUCUGUAAAACAAACAGAUUCAGGCACGCAGGCAAGUGCAUCAGCUCAAGGAAAAUUUGGACAAGGUACAGCUCACUCUCAGAUAACAGGUAGUUAUACCGGUUCUGGAUCAUUCUCAGCCCAAGCUGGUAGUACUGAUACUAAUAAAAGUGCACAAACAGAAAUUAAUGGUGGUAAAGAAAGUACAGUAAGCAAUGCUCAAGGAAUUGGUGGUUAUGGAAAAAGUCAAGCACAAGUUCAAUUAAACUCAGAAUUAGGUGCUACAACAACAGGUGCACAAAGCAGUGGUUGGAAUCAUGGUACAAAUUCUCAAGUACAAGCAAGCUCAAAAGGUGGAAUGGCAGACGCUCAAGCAAAUGGCGAGGGAAAUACUUCGAGUCAAGCUCAAAUUGGUUUUCAACCAUAUCUUAAGACAGAUGAAAAAGUUGAAAAAUAUUUGAAACCAUUCCACGGUGGUGGAACAGCGUCUGCUCAAAGUGGAACGUAUACUGGACAGUCCCAAUCUCAACUUGAAGGAUCUUUCCAAUAUGGAAUUACUUACACUGGUGCUGCACAAGCGGGGUCAGGAUCUGGUGCAGCAGCUUCUAGAAAACCAUUCAAUUUCAAUCUUACAGAUACUGAGCUGUUUAAAUCAUUUAAACCAUCUAAUGGAGCACAAAUUGUACAAAAGAAUAAUAGUGAAGGAACAAAUACAUCUUCGAAUGCAGGUAAUGAAUAUAAUCAAUCUCAACAAGGUUUACAAACGAGUUCUAGUUCCCAAAGAAGAAUUUUUACCAAACCAACAGAUUCGCAAAACAUGACUAAUAAAUCAGAUCAAUCUAUUGAAAAGUCUCAAUUGGAUGAUACAGCAUAUGAUUAUGAAGAAGAAUAUAAUAGCGAAGAUUAUGAUAUAUCAUCAUUUCAAACUUCAAUAAAUCCGAAGAUUUCAAAAAUUUAUGCUGCAGAACAAAAUAAUAGUAACUAUCAAUCGCAAACAUUACAUGUUGCAACUGGAAGUCAAUAUGAUACUCAUGUGAAACAAGAUACAAAUGCACCACAAGUUGGUGAUGUCCUGCAACCUAGGCAAUCAUUAUCAAGAUAUACUAUACCACCUGGUUUUCGGAGUAGAGUAAUAUCAGUAGCUGGUGAUGAAACUAUUGCUCAUGGUGAUGGAAAGUCUCAAUCUCAAACAGUUUCUCUAGUUCCAAAGGAACCAAAUAUGACUAAUGAAAACAAAUCACCCAUCUCAGAAAUUAGAUCUCUUAAAACUAGUCAUGAAAGAUUAAUAAAAAGUCAAGUUGCAUCUGAAGAAAAACAAAAAAAUAAUUUUCCACAAAUCCAAAAUCGAACUUCAAAAGAAUAUGCAAAAUCUAUUUCUAAUACACCAAUGAAACCAAGUUAUUAUACAGUAACAAACAGUGUUACUGGUAAACUGAAUGGUAGAAAUUCACCAAGAAAAUAUGAACAUCGCUAUUACACCAAAAGUUCAACUUGUGGAUAUUUUACAUUCUCUUGUAAUAUUGUAUAUGGUUCUAAUGGUAGAACAAAAAUUUGUAAACCAAAAAUGCCGACAUAUUCCGACGGUACUCCUAUAAAAUGUUAGAUGGUGAUAUUAA